AUGACCGUUACUGAGCUUCCAAUCGCCGGAGAACAACAGCUGGAAACGGGCUGCUCCACGGAGGAGGCAGAUCAUCUGAUCAGAAGCACUAAGAAGAUUAAAAGCACAGUUGAUUCAAAGGACGAAACGAUGAAUGAAUUCAUCUUAGAGCCUGAAAUUUUGGGAGGGGUGUCUCAUGCGUGCCAUGUGGAUGCCCUAGCUACUGACGAGGUUAAUCCGAAUCAGAUCACGGCGACUUGCCCUGAAUCUACAGAUAUUAAGAUGAGUACCUUUGGAAAUCGCUCCUUCAAACAGGCCCUCUUACGAUCUAGGUUUAAUGAGAAUGGUAAUGAAAAAAAUUUUGAUUGCGAUGUGGAAGUAUUAUCCUCUGAUGAGAAGGAUGAUAACACUGAUGCACAAAUAAAGGAAAUGGGUAAGGAUGGUUUUGAAAAUCAUAGUGCCAUUCCCAACAUCAGAAUUCCUCCGACUCUUCUGAAGAAGAUUAGGGAACCCUGGAAAAAGUGCCUGAUUGUGCGUCUGCUUGGGAAAACCAUAGGGUAUAAAUUGUUCAUGCUGAAAAUGUCCAAAAUUUGGGGUCUGCAAGCAGAUUUUGAAGCUUUGGAUAUAGGGAACGGAUUUUUUAUAGUUAAAUUUGACAUGGUUGAGGAUUAUACUAAGGUUUAUACAGGUGGUCCUUGGAUUGUUUUGGAUCAUUAUGUCACCGUAAGGAAAUGGCAACAAGAUUUUAAGUCUGAUGAUGCUGAAGAGGAUACCACCGCGAUCUGGGUUAGAUUUCCUAAUCUACCCAUUGAGUAUUAUAAUGAAAAGGUCUUAUUUCAUAUAGCUAAAGCCUUGGGAGUCCCUUUGAAAGUUGAUAUCAACAUAGCCAUGGUAGCUCGCGGGAAGUACGCUCGUGUGUGCGUUGAAAUCGAUCUUCAAAAACCACUGAUUUCUCACUUUACCAUUGGUAAGUAUACUUAUGGAGUUAAAUAUGAACACCUCCACUCACUUUGCUUCUCUUGUGGCAGGGUAGGGCAUCGCCAAGAAAGCUGUAGUGAUUGUCAACCAAGAAAGCUGCAGUGA